AUGUGGUUCAGAGGCUUAUGCAAGUCCAUCAUUCUAGGUGUACCAAUCGGUAUAACCUUCUUAGACACAGUGGGAUAUGUAGCUCGAGUGGAAGGAAUAUCCAUGCAACCAGUGCUUAAUCCAGAUUCCAAGAGCAACAAUGACUAUGUAUUUCUCUCAAGAUGGGCAGUUAAAGAUUUUAACGUACAAAGAGGUGACGUGAUAUCACUUGUGUCGCCGAAAGAUCCCAAUCAGAAGAUCAUAAAACGUAUCGUUGCGCUGCAAGGGGACAUAGUGAGCACCUUGGGUUAUAAGUCUCAAUAUGUGAAAAUUCCUGAAGGGCACUGUUGGGUGGAAGGUGAUCACACAGGUCAUACAUUGGACAGCAAUACUUUUGGGCCUGUUUCUCUAGGUUUAGUCAAUGCUAAAGCAUCUUAUAUUGUUUGGCCACCUAAUCGAUGGCAAAGACUAGAAGCUAAACUGCCGAGUAGCAGGAAACCUCUUACCACAGCUGUACAUCACACUUAA